AUGCGGGCUACUUCUAUUGCUGCCAGCUCUCUGCUGGUGGCCAGUCAAGCUCUGGCCUCUGUUGCGCCUCGUCAGCCCUAUGCACACCCAGCCCAGCCCCAGCACAAGCGAGCUGUCGAUGAGUGUGCUACUACCCAGAAGAUUGCUCCCAAGAUUCUGAUCAUCAGCAUGUUCUAUCCCGAGGCUGAUAUCUGGUACGACAACCUGCCCAGCAGUGGCUAUGGAGACUUGUUUGCCCAAAACAUUUCUGUUCCUGGUCUUUCUCCCAUCUACCCUCAGGUUCACUGCACUGCCUCGGGCGAGAUUUGCCAGGUCACUGCUGGCGAGGCUGAGAUCAAUGCUGCCGCAUCCAUCUCUUCUCUUAUGCUUUCGACCAAGUUUGACUUUACGUCAACUUACAUCCUCAUGAACGGAAUCGCCGGUGUUUCCCCCAAGCUGGCUACCCUUGGCAGUGUGGCCAUCUCCAAGUUCUCUGUCCAGGUUGCUCAGCAGUACGAGUUCGAUAUCCGUGACCUCAACUCCAGUUUCCCCUCUGGCUACAUUGCCUACGACACUGGCUUCCCUGGCGAAUACCCCCAGGAAUCCUACGGCACUGAGGUCAUGGAGCUCAACGAGGCCCUCCGCGACCUGGCCUUUUCUUUCGCCUCUCAGGCUACGCUGAACGACAGCACAACUGCCCAGACAUACCGUGCCAGAUACACUACCGACGACGACGCCUACGCUGCCGCCAUGGCUGCCCCUGGUGUAGUCAAGUGCGACAGUGCCACCAGUGACGUUUACUACUCUGGAAACAUCCUUGCCGAGGCCUUCGACAACACCACCAAGGUCUGGACCAACCAGACUGAGUACACCUAUUGCAUGACUGCACAGGAGGACUCGGCUGUGCUCCAGUCCAUCAUGCGUGCUGACCUGGCUGGUCUCGCUGACUACGCCCGCACCAUUCUCGUCCGUACUGCCUCGGACUUUGACCGCCCCCCACUGGACGGAACUGCCUACGACCACCUUCUGAUUGAUGAUCAGGGCGGUUUCACUCCUGCUGUGGAGAACAUCUACCUGGCUGGUAUCGAGAUCGUCAAGGGCAUCCUCACCAGCUGGAACUGCACCUUUGCUGCUGGCAUUGAGCCCACCAACUACAUUGGCGACAUCUUUGGUUCCCUCGGUGGAGAGCCCGACUUUGGCCUUGGUAGCGUCUUCAGCGGCGAGGGUGCUCGGACUGACGGCUCGUCUUACACUGGAUACAUCAAGAGAAGCAACUAUGGCAGACGCGGCUUCUACAAGAGCCCCAAGGCUGCUCGCCUCAUGCACUAG